GCCCCGCGCGCACUUCCGGGUCCCGGCGGAGGCGCGGGGUCGCGGGCGGUGGGAGCCGAGGGGAUCAUGCUCCGGGCGCUGGGCGGCCUGGGCCUCCUGGGCGCGCGGCCCGCGUGCCGGCCUCCAGCCCUGCUGCUGCUGCCCGCGCGCGGCCGCAAGACCCGCCAUGAUCCGCCGGCCAAGUCCAAGGUCGGGCUCUUGAAGACCCCGCCCGCGGUGGACCCUGCGGAGUGCUACGUGCUGAUGGAGCGUUACCGGCAGUACCGCCAGACCGUGAGCGCGCUCAGGAUGGAGUUCGUGGCCGAGGUGCGGAAGAAGGUGCACGAGGCCCGGGCCGGGGUCCUGGCGGAGCGCAAGGCGCGAGAGGACGCCGCCGAGCACCGGGAGCUGAUGGCCUGGAACCAGGCGGAGAACCAGCGGCUGCACGAGCUGCGGAUAGCGAGGCUGCGGCGGGAGGCGCUGGAGCAGGAGCAGCGGCAGGCGGAGGAGCAGGCCCGCCAGGCCCAGGAGGCGCAGGCCUGGGCGAAGCUCAAGGAGCUCGAAGUGCUGCAGCUGCAGGAAGAGGCGAAAAACUUCAUCACCCCAGAGAACCUGGAGGCACGGGUGGAGGAGGCGCUGGACUCCCCGAAGAGCUACAACUGGGCCGUCACCAGGGAGGGGCUGGUGGUCCGGCCGCAGCACAGGGGCUCCUAGAGUCCAGUGAGGACAUGCCGCCCCUGGGCGCCGCGCGUGGGGACCGGAAGGUUCCGCCUUUGCCAGCGCAGCCCCGGCUUUCCGGCUUUCACAUGUGCCACUCGGCCAGGUCUAACACGGUGCCCUGUCCUCCCGCAGGAACAACCUCAGGACAGCCCCGACCCUGCCGUGGUCAGAACGGGCCGCUUCCUAUCCCGAUUAGCCUCGAGGCCAGUGGUUGGCAAAGUACAGUCCGCAGCCAAACGUGACCUGCUGUUUUUGUAAAUAAUAAUAAAGUUUUAUUGGAA